GGGGUGGGACUUCCGGGGCGGUAGUUGCAUCAGAUUCUGGUAAGAGUCUGUAGCCGCAGUGUCUGCCUCCGAAUUCCCAGCGAUGGCAGGUUCCUCCGCUGAGCAGGCUCCUGACUACAGGUCCAUUCUGAGCAUUAGUGACGCAGCAGCCAGGGCCCAAGCCCUGAACGAGCACCUCAGCACCCGUAGCUAUGUCCAGGGGUACUCACUGUCCCAGGCAGACGUGGACGUGUUCAGGCAGCUCUCAGCCCCGCCCGCUGACCCCCAGCUCUUCCACGUGGCUCGGUGGUUCAGGCACAUAGAAGCUGUCCUGGGCAACCCCUGUGACAAAGGCAAGCCUUGCAGGCUCCAAGCAAGUAGAGGCCGGCGGGCACAGCCUCAGUGGUCUCCUCCCACCGGGACUGAGCCAUGUAAGCUCCACCUGUACAACAGCCUCACCCGGAACAAGGACGUGUUUAUACCUCAAGAUGGCAAAAAGGUGACGUGGUACUGCUGCGGGCCAACUGUCUACGAUGCAUCUCACAUGGGCCACGCCAGGUCCUAUAUCUCUUUUGAUAUCUUAAGAAGAGUCUUGAAGGAUUACUUCAAGUUCGAUGUCUUUUACUGUAUGAACAUCACAGAUAUUGAUGAUAAGAUCAUCAAGAGAGCCCGGCAGGACCACCUGUUCCAGCAGUACCGGGAGAAGCAGCCCCCCGCCACGCAGCUCCUGGAGGACGUGCACGCUGCCCUCAAGCCAUUUGCAGUAAAGUUAAAUGAGACCACAGAUCCCAGUAAAAAGCAGAUGCUCGAGCGGAUACAGCACGCAGUGAGGCUUGCCACAGAGCCGCUGGAGAACGCUGUGCAGUCUAGACUGACAGGGGAGGAAGUCGACAGCCGUGCGGAGGUAUUGCUGCAAGAGGCCAAGGAUUUGCUUUCUGACUGGCUGGAUUCCAUGUUCGGCAGUGAGGUGACUGACAAUUCCAUUUUCUCCAAACUGCCCAAGGUCUGGGAAGGAGAGUUCCACAGAGACAUGGCAGCCCUGAAUGUUCUCCCUCCGGAUGUCUUAACCCGGGUUAGUGAGUAUGUGCCAGAAAUCGUGAACUUUGUCCAGAAGAUUGUGGACAACGGUUAUGGCUACGUGUCCAAUGGAUCUGUUUACUUUGAUACAGUGAAGUUUGCUUCUAGUGGGAAGCACUCCUACGGGAAGCUGGUGCCUGAGGCUGUGGGGGAUCAGAAAGCUCUUCAGGAGGGGGAAGGUGACCUGAGCAUCUCUGCAGACCGCCUGAGUGAGAAGCGCUCACCCAACGACUUUGCCCUCUGGAAGGCCUCUAAGCCAGGGGAGCCAUCCUGGCUGUGUCCUUGGGGGAAGGGUCGUCCGGGGUGGCACAUCGAGUGCUCUGCCAUGGCAGGCACCCUCCUAGGAGCCUCAAUGGACAUCCAUGGAGGGGGCUUUGACCUCCGGUUUCCCCACCACGACAAUGAGCUGGCACAGUCGGAGGCCUACUUUGAAAACGACUGCUGGGUCCGGUACUUCCUCCACACAGGCCACCUGACCAUUGCUGGCUGCAAGAUGUCGAAGUCACUGAAAAACUUCAUCACCAUUAAAGAUGCCUUGAAAAAGCAUUCAGCGCGGCAGUUGAGGCUGGCCUUCCUCAUGCACUCCUGGAAAGACACGCUGGACUAUUCAAGCAACACCAUGGAGUCAGCACUUCAGUACGAGAAGUUCCUGAACGAGUUUUUCUUAAAUGUGAAGGACAUCCUUCGAGCUCCUGUCGAUGUCACUGGUCAGUUUGAAAAGUGGGAAGAUGAAGAGGCAGAGCUGAACAAGAACUUUUAUGACAAGAAGACAACGAUUCAUGAAGCCCUCUGUGAUAACAUUGACACCCGCACGGUGAUGGAGGAAAUGCGGGCCUUGGUCAGUCAGUGCAACCUCUACAUGGCAGCCCGGAAGGCAGCAAGGAGAAAACCCAACCGAGCUCUGCUGGAGAGCAUUGCUCUGUACCUCACCCACAUGCUGAAGAUCUUUGGGGCCAUAGAAGAGGAAAGCUCCUUGGGCUUCCCAGUCGGAGAGCCAAGAACCAGCCUGAAUCUGGAGGCCACAGUCAUGCCCUACCUGCAGGUGUUAUCGGAAUUCCGAGAAGGAGUGCGGAAGAUCGCCCGAGAGAAGAAAGUCCCUGAGGUCCUGCAGCUCAGUGAUGCCCUGCGGGACGACGUCCUGCCUGAGUUCGGGGUGCGGUUUGAAGACCAUGAAGGACUACCAACAGUGGUCAAAUUGGUAGACAGAGACACCUUGCUAAAAGAGAGAGAAGAGAAGAAAAGGGUUGAAGAGGAGAAGAGGAAGAAGAAAGAGGAAGCAGCCCGAAGAAAGCAAGAGCAAGAAGCGGCAAAGCUGGCCAAGAUGAAGGUUCCCCCCAGUGAGAUGUUCUUGUCAGAAAGUGACAAAUAUUCCAAGUUUGAUGAAAACGGUCUUCCCACGCACGACACAGAAGGCAAAGAACUGAGCAAAGGGCAAGCCAAGAAGCUGAAGAAGCUCCUCGAAGCUCAGGAAAAGCUGUAUAAGGAGUACCUGCAGACGGUACAGAACGGAAGCCACCCGUGAGGACGCACGGGACUGACUCUAAAUGAAGCUGUUGUGGACCAGCGGCUCUUCUCUGUCUCAGUGAUGACAUCCCAGUGCUCUGAGCAUGUUUGCAGUUGUCCUCGUGUCAUAAAUUAAGAGUUAUGUUCACAUAGGCUCAUGUCUUCAGCAGCUCUGAGACACUAACAAUAAAUUCUUCUUAACAGUGA